CGAGCACUCCGAUUACCUGAGUGCCCUGCUGUGGUGCAGUAACUUGACCCACUCCACUUCCCGUUGCUGUGACUACCUACAAGUACCUCUACGGCCGAUCUCCCGAGCUACCGAUUACAACGUCAACACUACUACGACUAUCCAUUACAACUGGAACAUCCGAGAGCCCGUUUCAAGCCGCCGGCUCGGCAAACAACAAACAAAGUGGUGUCUAGUGCCAGCAUGACGGCCGCGGAUCCGUCUCCUCCACGCUCGAACCAGUCCACUCCUUCUCCCGAUAACAACGAUGGUGACACAUUGCUUCCUCCUUUGCGUCCCAAGCCAAGGACGUUGCCUCCAUGGAUCGAUUCGUAUGAAGAGAGAUAUGGACAACCGCCCACCGGCCAGGCUGGAAUCUUGAACCGACCACCCCCACGCACAGUACAGCCGCAACACAACAGCACGCCAGCCGAACCAAAAAGGGUAUCAAAAGAUGGAUUUGUGUACGAACCAGACGGGCUGGAGCGGAGGAACGGUUCCAAGAUCAAGUUACGACGGAUUCUAAGACUCGGGGACGGCACGGAGCGCGGCCGAAAAUGGGACCACCUCCGGACUGCCGAACCCGUCAUUCUCCACCGGCAUGCGCACUACACGUCCAACUCGCCCUGGUCCGACUUUAUCCACUCGUCACAGUGGGGCCACAUGCCGAAUGAGCACUCGGAAGUGGUCGACUACCAAACACUCGAGAAGCUACAACCAAACUUGAAUUUACCCGUGAACCUGCCCGUAGCCGAUGACGCCAACAAGUCCCGUACCGGAAGGAGGUCGGCCUUGUACAAGCGACUAUGGCAGCACGUCCUCCGCCAUCCCUUGGUGCCCUUACUCUUCCGGUCCCUAGUCCUCAUCACCUCCAUCUGUGCCCUCGCCCUUGCCAUUCGCAUCUUCCGGCUCGAAGGCCAGCGGCGCUUUUACCAGCAAGAUCUACAGAAUCAGAUUCUCGCUAAAUUACGAGCACUGCAUGCAGCCCCCAGUUCCGAAAAAUACGUCGACCAAGAGCUUAACCUGAUAAGACAGAUCUCGCGCGGGUCGUCAGAACGGACCCAAGCGAUAGUAGCGAUUGUGGUGGACACCAUAGCGAUUCCUUACACGGGGUACAUGCUCUGGGACGAAUACACGGGUCGCCCAUUGGGGCUCAGGCCGGUCACGCAAAAGAGCGGGUUGGUGCUGAUGGAUGUCUUUUUCAUCGUGUUCAAGGCGGCCAGCACGGCGUUGGCGUUCGAGGUGCUGGUCUAUCAUAACAGUCAAGAUCGCUUAAGGGACCAUUUCAGCCAGGCACUGGCCGGGUUUCAGCUGGUCGGGCUGAUGGGCUGGUUGACCAACUUUACGGUGAAUGUGUUUAGGUUGAUAGUGAAGCUGGGAGGCGGAGAUGAUUUGGAGAAUCAGAGGGGGAGGUGAUGACGGUUAUCAUGGGCGGUAAGAGGAAAAAAAGCUGGGGAGGUGAAUAACGACAAACAUCUCAAACUCGCAUGGUGGCAUACACGUUUCUGCCUCUUUUCUUGGUAGGGUUUUUGAAUUAGCAUAUUAGCAUAAAGCGAUAGCGAAUAGUCUUUUAAUAAGUUGGCAAUUGUCGGGGGUUGUGAGUAGUGUUGGUAACGGAAUGUUG